AUGCAGAAAAGAAUUAUGGUGUGGAACUGUAGAGGAGCUGGGAGUGAAGGUUUUAGAAGAGGACUGAAACUGGCUUGCGAUAAUAACAGGCCAAAUAUCUUGGGUUUGCUUGAAACUAGAAUACAACAUGACAGAGCAGAGGGCCUUUUUCGAAGAUUAGGCUAUGGAAAGUGGUUGAUUAGCCCAGGUCUGGGUUUCUUUGGAGGAAUAUGGAUAGGUUGGAGGGAGGAAAAGGCUCAUUUGGAGCUGUUAGAACUAAAUGAACAAUUUGUCCAUCUAUCAGUUAGUUACGGAGGGGAAGAAGCUUGGAAGCUGACAGUUGCUUAUGUUACUCCGAGAUACAGGGAGAAACAAGUGUUUUGGGAUCAUAUGGCGCGCUUGAGUAGAGAAAUGGAAGGGGUGUGGAUAGUCAUAGGAGAUCUAAAUGAUAUAAGGAGGGAUUUGGAGAAACAAGGGGGAGCACCAAGGAAUGAGAAAAGAUGUACCAUCUUUAAUGAUAAUAUUGAUGCUUGCAACCUGUUGGAGGUAGAGACUUGGGGCAGUCGGUUUACCUGGAAGGGGCCAUUGAUACCUGGGUUUGCAAGAAUCUAUGAAAGGCUGGAUAGAGCCCUCUGCAACAUAGACUGGAGAACUAGAUUCCCUGAGGCUGUCUUGAAGAAUCUAGUUAGAUUGAAAUGUUCAAACCAUUGCCCCAUUCUGUUAUGUUUAGAUGAUAAUGAGUGUGGAUUGGGGGAACGCCCCUUCAGAUUCGAAGCAGCGUGGCUUUUACACGAGGACUUUAGGAAAUUUAUGGAGGAAAACUGGAGGAAAAAAGAACGAGUUAGAGGGAGUUUAGAAUUACUAAAACCAAGUUUGGUCGAAUGGAAUACAGAGGUUUUCAAGCACAUAAGCUGGAAGAAAAAUAGAUUGCUGGCGAGAAUUGGGGGAAUUCAACGUAAGAUCAGUAAAGAAGGCAGAGCAGCAAGAUUCCUUUCUAAGUUGGAGGACCAGCUACAAGGGGAGCUAGAGGAAGUGCUGAAGCAGGAGGAAAUCCUUUGGUUUCAGAAAUCCAGAGGAAAGUGGAUUAACGAUGGUGAUCGUAAUACAAAAUAUUACUACCUAAAAACUCUGACCCGUAGGAGGAGAAAUAAGGUAGCCAUGCUCAAAAAUGAUGAGGGGCAAUGGAUUGAUGACCAAGGCCUUCAAAGCUCCAGGGGAGGAUGGAUUUCCCGCAAUUUUCUUCCAAAGAAUGUGGGACACGGUGUAGGAGGAAGUUUUUGA